AUGAACAAUUCUUGUCUUAUCCUAUUUUUGGCACUUUUUAUUCCAAUAUUUGUAUGUAGUGAAGAUUCUGAGGAUGGAAUUUUCCUGGCUAGAAUCACUAGCGUUGAUGAGCACGACGCCAGAAAAAUCGGAAGACGUCAUGGAUUCGAGGCAGUGAGAAAACUCCAAUCCUUCUCCGACGUCUACAUCGGUCGACGUCUUCGUCGACGAAAACGUGGAAUCGAAGAUGAGAUUCUGGCCGAGAUGAUAUUCAGUGAGCAGAUACAGUUCAUUGAGAAGCUCUACAGAUUUCGACGUUUCAAACGCGCUCCAAUGAUGAACAAUGGGGCGCUGAUUCAUGUGUGGAAUCUAACACCGUCUAUGAUGAUUCGAGAAGCUUGGGAGGCUGGAUACAACGCUAGUCGGGUUACUGUAGCCGUUGUGGAUGAUGGUGUUGAUGUGGGCCAUGUGGACUUGAGAAGCGCCUUCUCGCCACGUGUCUCCUUUGAUUUUGUGAAGUUUGGAAGUUUGCCGAUUCCGACGAUCUCCAAGGAAACGCAACACGGUACCCAAUGCGCUGGUCUAGUGUCAAUGGAAGGUAAUCAGUGUGGGCUCGGAGUGGGUCAUGGGGCAACACUUGGUGCCAUAAGACUAUUGGGACAGGACGAGUUGAAUGAUGCAUUGGAAGGCGAUGCGUUGGCAUUUGAGAAAGAUUUGAUAGACAUUUAUUCAGUCAGUUGGGGACCAAAAGACGAUGGAUUAACAGCUGAAAAACCUGCAAAAUUCACACAAGACGCCAUUAAGAAUGGAGCGGUUUUUGGGAGAAAUGGGAAAGGCAAUAUAUUUGUGUGGGCCAGUGGAAAUGGAGGAGAGAAUGGGGAUAAUUGUGCACUGGAUGGUUAUGUUAGUAAUGAAUAUACGAUAAGUUUCGGUGUCAUUAGCUCCUCUGGUGUCCCAUCGGCUUAUGCGGAAGGUUGUUCGGCAGUUUUAGCAGCAGUUUCCGGUGGAGAUUCUAUGAUUCAAACCACGGGUCUCGAAUCCACGUGCUCCUCGAUCUCCGGCUCCUCCGCCUCGGCUGCCAUCGCCUCCGGAAUCAUCGCAUUGGCACUAGAGGCAAACCCCGCCCUCUCCCAACGCGACAUUCAACACCUCAUCGUCCAUUCCUCAAACUCCAGUGCCGUCAAAAUUCAAUUUCAGACAAAUUCCGCCGGACUGAAAUUCCACCCAAGCGUUGGCUUCGGUCUCCUAGAUGCCAAGACACUGGUCGAGAAGGCUGCCACGUGGCAACUUGUAGAUCCUCAGAAGACGUGCUCCAGAAUCCAGCUGACAUCUGGAUCCAUCGAUUUCUCCGAUUGCCAAGAGAUUUCCAGAAUCGAGAGGGUCAUCCUGACCGGAUCCAUCUGUCAUCCCCAUCGUGGCAAAGUCCGAAUCCUUCUAGAAUCGCCACGUGGCACUGAAUCCGAACUGUUGGCGGUUCGGCCAUCCGACACGUCGCCGGACCUUCUGGAGUGGGAUUUCGUGUCAGUGCACUUCUGGGGAGAGGCGCCACGUGGCAUUUGGAAGCUGAAGGUGGAGAGUGAAGAGGAGCUAGAGAGACGAGAGGAUUUCAGAGUGAAGAUGAAGGAAUUCAAGAUUACUGGAAUUUAA